AAGCAAGAGAGAGGGAAAAAAAAAAACCAAUUUUGUUAGCUUCUCGUGUCCAAAGUUCCCACCUUUUGUCUCUGCUAAUCCUAUAUUCUGCUUCAAUGCUUUGGUUACAUAUCUGGAACUUAUGCUUGAAGAUUUCAACUCGGUCGGAUUUAGAAGAAAGGGAGUUGCGGUUAUAUGGUGGAGUUUUAUUUGAUGAAGAGGUGACUUUGGGAUUGACCAAAGUGGAUUCAGAUCAUUGCAAUUACUAAAAUGCCUAGGAAUUUCGAAUCGAGGCGACAUUUGGAGGAAGGAUUUUGGAGGUUUCUACUGGGUUUGGCUCUACUGAUAACUAUAGUAGACGGGCUAAAUUCCGAGGGCCAAUUGCUGCUAGAGCUUAAGAAUAGUCUUCAUGAUGAAUACAACCAUCUUGGGAACUGGAAAUCCACUGAUGAGACGCCGUGCCGGUGGAGAGGUGUCAAUUGUUCUUCAGAUUACGAGCCGGUGGUCUCGUCUGUUGAUUUGAGUUCGAUGAAUCUUUCGGGAAUCCUGAGUCCUAGUAUUGGUGGUCUGAUCCACUUGACAUUCCUCGAUCUGUCUUAUAACGAGUUCAGCGGGAACAUACCGGAGGAGAUUGGGAAUUGUUCACGUCUGGUCUUUCUUUAUUUGAAUAAUAACCAUUUCAGUGGUCUGAUUCCUGGUGAAUUGGGUAAGCUCUCUUAUUUGAGAAGUUUGAAUAUAUGCAAUAACAAAAUCUCUGGUUCCCUUCCUGAAGAGCUUGGGAAUUUGUCCUCACUAGAUGAGUUUGUGGCAUACACAAAUAACUUGACUGGGCCGUUGCCUAGCUCUAUCGGGAAUCUCCGAAAGUUGAAGACAUUUCGAGCUGGGCAGAAUUCGAUUUCUGGUGACAUUCCGGCUGAAAUCAGUGGAUGUCAAAGCUUAGAAAUGCUUGGUCUUGCACAGAACCGUAUUGGAGGAGAACUGCCUAAGGAAAUCGGAAUGCUCAGAAGCUUGACUGAUUUGAUUUUAUGGGAGAAUAAGUUAUCUGGGUUUAUCCCGAAGGAGCUUGGAAACUGUACUAGCCUUGAGACACUUGCAUUGUAUGCAAAUCGGCUUGUCGGACCAAUACCUGCAGAGAUUGGGAACCUCAAGUUUCUGAAGGAGUUGUAUCUAUACCGGAAUCAAUUAAACGGAAGCAUUCCGAGGGAGAUAGGGAAUCUAUCUCUUGCCAUGGAAAUCGAUUUCUCGGAUAAUUAUUUGACUGGCGAAAUCCCAACUGAGUUCAGCAACAUAAGGUGUCUACACUUAUUGCACCUAUUCGAGAACCGGCUUACUGGUGUCAUACCAAAUGAGCUUAGUAGCUUGAAGAACUUGACCAUCCUUGACCUUUCGAUCAAUCAUCUUUCAGGUCCCAUUCCUUAUGGUUUCCAAUAUUUGACUAAAUUGGUUCAGUUACAGCUAUUCGAAAAUUUUCUGAUCGGUACCAUUCCUCAGCAGCUCGGAGUUUAUAGUCCACUUUGGGCGGUUGAUUUUUCUAACAACCGCUUGACAGGCAAAAUACCUCCUAAUCUUUGUUGGCAUGGUAAUCUUAUUUUGUUAAACCUUGGAGCUAAUAAGCUGUCUGGAAAUAUCUCAACCGGGAUCGAGACCUGUGAGACCUUAGUGCAACUUCGUUUGGUCCGGAACAUGCUGACAGGGAGAUUUCCUUCACGGUUAUGCAAACUGGUCAAUCUUUCCGCUAUUGAAUUGGACCAGAACAACUUUUCUGGACCAGUUCCUUCUGAGAUCGGAAAUUGCCAAAAGCUUCAAAGGCUUCAUAUUGCCGAGAAUCACUUUAGUUUCGAGCUGCCUAAGGAGAUAGGCAAUCUGUCUCAACUAGUGACUUUUAAUGUAUCAUCUAAUUCACUUUCCGGGCGGAUUCCACAUGAGAUAGUUAACUGCAAGAAGCUUCAACGACUUGAUCUCAGCCACAACAGCUUUGUUGAUACUUUACCGAAUGAGCUUGGAACCCUUACACAGCUCGAGAUUAUAAGACUUUCGGAAAAUAAGUUCUCGGGAAAUAUACCGGCAGCUUUGGGGAACUUAUCUCGUUUGAUUGAGCUUCAGAUGGGUGGCAACUUAUUUUCCGGUGAAAUACCCAAUCAAUUUGGUUCUCUUUCAAGCUUGCAGAUUGCAAUGAACCUUAGCAAUAACCGUCUCGCCGGAAAUAUACCACGAGAGCUCGGGCUUCUUAAUAUGUUGGAAUUUCUCCUACUCAAUAAUAACAACUUGAGUGGUGAAAUUCCCAGCACAUUUGAGAACCUGUCAAGUUUAAUGGUAUGCAACUUGUCGUACAACAACUUAACCGGACCUUUACCUGCCAUCCCGUUAUUUCAGAACAUGCCGACUAGUAGCUUUAUUGAAAAUAAAGGACUUUGUGGUAGGCCUCUUCGUAAUUGCAUGGUAGAUUCAUCUUCUCGGAUGAUACCUGCUAAGAAGGGUACAGGAGGAAGAAUCAUAACGAUAGUUGCAGGUGUUGUUGGCGGGGCAUCUUUAAUUCUCAUUGUAAUUCUCAUAUAUCAAAUGAGACGUCCACGUGAAAGUGUUGCAUCCGUGAAAGACAAGGAGAUACCACCACCGGCUUCAGAUAUUUACUUCCAUCCAAAAGAAGGGUUUGCAUUUCAAGAUCUAAUCGAGUCUACGAAUAAUUUUCAUGAGAGUUUUAUUGUUGGAAGGGGAGCUUGUGGAACGGUUUAUAAAGCCGUUAUGCAUUCUGGACAAACGGUUGCCGUUAAGAGGCUAGCAUCGAAUGCAGAGGGAAACAACAUUGAGAACAGUUUUCGUGCUGAGAUUUUAACAUUAGGAAACAUUAGGCAUCGGAAUAUUGUGAAGCUUUAUGGUUUCUGCUAUCAUCAAGGUUUCAACGUGCUUCUUUACGAGUACAUGGAGAAUGGUAGUUUGGGUGAAGCACUUCAUGGGGUCUCAUGCAGCUUAGAAUGGCCAACUCGGUUUUUGAUUGCCAUAGGAGCUGCUGAAGGUCUUGCUUAUUUACAUCACGACUGCAAACCGAGGAUCGUUCAUCGAGAUAUCAAGUCCAAUAAUAUCUUACUUGAUGAAAAUUUCGAAGCACAUGUCGGUGAUUUUGGUUUAGCAAAAGUAAUUGACAUGCCCCAAUCUAAGUCGGUGACGGCAGUUGCUGGAUCAUAUGGAUACAUUGCCCCUGAAUACGCAUACACUAUGAAGAUCACGGAAAAAUGUGACAUCUAUAGCUAUGGAGUUGUGUUACUGGAGUUGUUGACAGGGAAGACUCCUGUACAGCCGUUGGAUCAUGGAGGCGACCUUGUCACGCUAGUGAGACAUUAUGUUCGUAAGCACUCAUUGACUACCGGGAUACUCGACGGUCGUUUAAAUCUUGACGAUAGAAGUAUUGUCGAUCACAUGAUUACUGUGUUGAAAAUCGCUUUGUUAUGCACUAGCAUGUCUCCUUUCGAUCGGCCGUCCAUGCGUGAAGUUGUGAAAAUGCUGAUAGAAUCGAAAAGGCAAGAAGACCACUUUGACAUGUCUCCCCCCGACAGUCUUCCCCUGAAACACAAUGCCUCGUGAAAGUAUGUGACUCACUACUCCCCAUUUUCAUUAACCAAUAUGUCUCGUUUGCUGUUGAUUCUUUGAUAUAACAGCGAAUGCAUUAUUCGAUAAAGAAAAUGUUGUAGCAGAAGCUUCUGUUAAUAGGAAAUGGAAGUAACUGAUGACACUCUCGGUGUCAUCGGAUUCUAUACAAUACUAUAUAGUAUAGCAACAUCAAUGUACAGGUAUGAAUCAGAUUCUUUCGAAAUAUUGCAGCCGUGCAGGUGCUUAGGUCACUAAUCCAGACCAUGGUUUAUUCGUUCCAUUGUUGAAAUUAAACUGUUUUUAGUUGUUUCUG